GCAACAAAAUUGCUAAAUUGGCAUCACUGAUUCGCCAGUCUCCUCUGCAUGACGUCCGGGGUGAAUGGAUACUAGUUCCUUUCACGUCACGAAUGACACGUGUAUUCAAGAUGGCGGCCGCGGCGAUGGCGACGUGGUUGGCCCUUCUGCUGUUGUCUAUGUUGCCUGGAGGAGUCAAGGCCUUUUACGUGCCUGGAGUUGCUCCAAUGAACUUCCACCAGAACAGUGCUGUAGAGAUUAAGGCUGUGAAGCUGACCAGCUCCAGGACUCAGCUUCCCUAUGAAUACUACUCCCUGCCCUUCUGUCUGCCUGAUAAAGUGGUCUACAAAGCAGAGAACCUGGGGGAGGUGUUACGCGGGGACCGUAUUGUCAACACCCUUUACUCGGUACUCAUGACCCAGGACAAGAAGUGUGAGGUGGUUUGUGCCAAGCUGAAACUCAACGUGCAGCAGAGCAAGCUGGUGGCUGAGCGAAUUCAGGAGGAGUACUAUGUUCACCUCAUUGCAGACAACCUCCCAGUGGCUACGCGGCUGGAGUUCAACCCCAACAUAGAGGCAGGGGCUGAGGACAAGGAGGUGGUGAAGGAUGUUCAGUUUGAACACGGCUACAGGUUGGGCUUCACUGACAACAACAAGUUCUACCUACACAACCACCUGUCCUUCAUCAUCUACUACCACAAGGAGAAGCUGGAGGAGGGGGAAGAGCACAACUACAGAGUUGUACGUUUUGAGGUGGUUCCCCAGAGUGUCAAGGUGGAGGACCUAAAGGCGGCUGAUAAGGGGGCAUGUGCCCUGCCCGAGGCCACUAACUCAGCUCCUCAGGAGAUUGACCCCUCUAAGGACAAUGAGGUUCUCUUCACCUACUCCGUCCACUGGGAGGAGAGCCAGGUGAAGUGGGCAUCUCGCUGGGACACCUACCUGACCAUGAGUGACGUGCAGAUCCACUGGUUCUCCAUCGUUAACUCCGUGGUGGUGGUCUUCUUCCUCUCUGGGAUCCUCAGUAUGAUCAUCAUCAGGACCCUGAGGAAGGACAUCGCCAACUACAACAGAGAGGAUGACAUAGAGGACACCAUGGAAGAGUCAGGCUGGAAGAAUGUCCAUGGUGACGUGUUCAGACCUCCACAGUAUCCCAUGAUCCUCAGCUCUCUGCUGGGCUCAGGCAUACAGCUCUUCUGCAUGAUCCUCAUCGUUAUCUUUGUGGCCAUGUUGGGGAUGCUGUCUCCUUCCAGUAGAGGGGCGCUGAUGACCACUUCCUGCUUCCUGUUUAUGUUCAUGGGUGUGUUCGGUGGAUACUUUGCUGGCAGACUCUACCGCACGCUGAAAGGUCAUCGGUGGAAGAAGGGAGCUUUCUGUACGGCCACUCUGUACCCCGCCGUGGUCUUCUGCAUCUGCUUCGUCCUCAACUGUUUCAUCUGGGGAGAGCACUCGUCUGGGGCCGUCCCCUUCACCACCAUGCUGGCUCUACUCUGCAUGUGGUUUGGUAUCUCCAUGCCGCUGGUCUACUUGGGCUACUACUUUGGCUUUCGCAAGCAGCCGUACGACAACCCUGUCCGCACCAAUCAGAUCCCUCGCCAGGUGCCUGAGCAGCGCUGGUACAUGAACAAGUUUGUGGGCAUCCUGAUGGCUGGGAUUCUACCGUUUGGUGCCAUGUUCAUCGAGCUCUUCUUCAUCUUCAGUGCCAUCUGGGAGAACCAGUUCUACUACCUGUUUGGUUUCCUCUUCCUGGUGUUCAUCAUCCUGGUGGUGUCCUGCUCCCAGAUUAGUAUCGUCAUGGUCUACUUCCAGCUCUGUGCAGAGGACUACCGGUGGUGGUGGAGGACCUUCCUGGUAUCAGGGGGCUCAGCCUUCUACGUCCUUGUUUACGCUAUUUUCUACUUUGUCAACAAGCUGGACAUUGUGGAGUUUAUCCCUUCCCUGUUGUACUUUGGCUACACGGCUCUCAUGGUCCUGUCCUUCUGGCUCCUUACAGGGACAAUCGGCUUUUACGCAGCAUACAUGUUCAUACGGAAGAUCUAUGCUGCCGUCAAAAUCGACUGAGUUUUUCAGCUGGGUUUUUUUGCCACAUUAUUUUUCAUUUUUUACAUUUUAUUCUUUAUGUCCAGCAAGCACUGGCUUGUGUGUGUAAGGACGCGUCAGGUGGUGUUUGUGGAACAGUGACCCCCCCCCCAAUAGGCAUGGACAGACGACAGUAAGAUGGCGCAGCCUGCAAACUCAACGAUCUUCCUCCCUCUGUUAUUGGACGUCCAGAGACAGAGAUUUCCUCUUGGACAGUCUGUUUUCUACUGUUUCACCUUGUACACACAUGGGCCAAAGCAUGUCAAAUGAAACAGUCUCUGUAUGUUUUACUCUCUGCUUUUGGAGUUGGCCAAGCCUGGGUUCCACAGGAGGACUGGUUCAGAAUUUAACUUUGUUUUAAAAUCAGUAAGAUAUUUUAGUCGGACUUCUUUUACACACACUCUCUCUCUCUUUGUAAAGUUAGUUUAUUUAUCUUUAUUCCAGAUAUGUUUAUGAUCAGAGGAUGGUUCGGAGGUCACACUUGUAACGUUGCUAAUAAGUAUUAUUAUUUUUGUCAGAAAAUAUGCUGGGAAAUGGAAAUCUAACAUUGGAACAGGCAUGGAUAUUAAAAUAUUCUGAUAUUUUUACUGAAAUGUGACCAUUUCAGCCACAACUAAAAUCAUAAUCUCAAUUUGUCUCCCUGAAAACAAUUCUCUCACAUGAAGGUAACAGAUUGUCUAAAAUGUAUCUUUAAAGCGACCAGAUUUCAAUGCGGAGAAGCAUAAAUUAAUUUUCUCUAUAAAUACUACUUACAUGAAAGAAUGUGGCAGGGAAGCCACUUUGGCUUAAGAUGGUUAAAAUAUGAAAUGUUACGGAACGAAAGUAAAUUUUGAUGAAAAGUAGUAUUCCUCAUCUUCAAAUCACCUAUAUAAUUUCUGGGCUUUAACCUAGGAGUAACAAUGUGUUUAAAAUGGUUGGACACAUUGCCUAGUAAUGCAAUGUAAACAGCUCCAUGGUCCCAUUGAACUAUGCAUUUUUUUGGAAAAGGAUAAGACUGUUCUUUGGUUUCAUAAAGGUCAUGUUAAAUGUUUUGAGUUGAACACAGUUUAGUGUCGGUGAGACACUGCUAAUCUAACAAGUUAUCUAUCGUUGUCGGUCAUCCCAGAGCAUCAAUGUCUUCUAGCCUUAAACAUGAUUCUGUCAUUGAGCAUCGAAGUGGAGUACAGUUGUUUUCCAUCAGCUUCUGGAGUACAGUUGUUUUCCAUCAGCUUCUGGACUACAGUUGUUUUCCAUCAGCUUCUGGAGUACAGUUGUUUUCCAUCAACUUCUGGAGUACAGUUUUCCCAUAAACCACGAGACAAGUCAGUGCCGUGUAAGAUCGACAAUGUGGUUUAGAUUGUCGAUAGGUUCAAGAAGGUACUAGAUGUCAGCCCUAUUGCAUUAAUGGGCAGAUCCUUCACUGGGUUUUACUCUGUUACCCAGUUACAAUUCCCCACCAGUGGUUCUCGUCGUCUUGUAGAUGGAGUUCCUCUGACUGUGGAGUCUGAAAUGCAGAACAUCCUGUACGCUAUAACACGGGACCUACAUAACUGAAUGAAAGUUGGGUGAAUGGGAUUCAUAGUAUUCAAAACCUUUAUAUCAUGGGCAUAUUUUACUCCCAUUUACUUUAUUCUAUGGGCCAGUUCCACAGACCCAGAUUAAGCCUGGUCCUGGAUUAAACAUAAUUCUCUAUGGAGAAUUGCCAUUGAAAGGUCAUUUUUAGUCCAGGAAUAGGUAUAAUUUAGGUCCAGGAAACUGGGUCUUUAAGUUUGAGAGCUGAGCUUUCAGGAAUGCGACCUUUAGGUCAACGUUAUUACCCUGCCAGUUGUUCCUUGAUAAAGAGCAUAGAAACCAACCAUACAACAGUCUGGUGGAGGUCUUACCCAGCAGAUGGUGUUGGGAUAGAGCUGCACUGGAAGAGAGGGGGGGAAUUACUCCAUUCACCAUUGGUGAAUGGUAAUGUAAUGAAUCAUACUUCUCACUUUAACCUUUCUCACUUUGUCUCUCUCAUUCUCUGCCCUCACACACGUUCACCUCCACAGUCAGUAUUGCAUCAAUCUUUUUCUUCCCUCUGUAAAGCCUUGUUCACACUGCAGGUCUUAAUGCUCUAAUCAGUUUUGUUUUUUCCAACAGCAACAUGCUGUUUGUUGUCCGAACAGCAAGUUACAAAUGACCAAAUCAGAUGUGUUGAGGGCAAUUGAGGGCAAAUGAAUAAGCCAUGGCUGGGAAGGUGGUUUGGUAUGUGGCUUGAAAUAUCAGAUUCCAUGUACUUUUUGGCUGUUCAGACUGCAGGAAAAAUAACAAGAUUUGAAUUGGAUAUGCAAAUAAAUAGUAUUUGAAUCACUUCAAACUGCCAGUGUGAACAGGGCUUUAGUGUCAAAGUGUUCCUGAGCUGCCAGCUCUCACUGCUCUCUGAUUCAGAGACAGACAGACUUCCUCACCUGGGCCCAACAAACAGAUUUCAGGAGAGAUUUUCUGCAGAUGUACAUUUGACUGACCGGAGCCGUGUAUGUAUGUGUGUGAAUGAGUGUUGACUGUGUAAAUACAACACUUUGUAUUGCUGCGUUUUGCUGUAGUGGGGGCUCUGACUAUAUAAAUAUCACAUCAUUGUUUUAGCCUAAAGCAUGAUUUUUAAGAACCUGUUUCUUGUCCCCUUUUCUUUACAGAAUGCCCAGUGAUAUAAUGUAUGAAACUAAUAAAGUACUGAUAUGAUGUUGGAA